CGUGCUUAAUUCCAAGGUCAUUUCCACCUUCCAUUUUACAUUUUCACUGGCAAUAAAUCGGCUUCGGGCUAUUCAUUAUCAAUAUGUUUUUCUGCAUCACAUUUGGAACACAGGAGUUCAAAUCUCCUUUAAAGGGCUAUGAACACAUAACAACCAGAUGUCUAAAUUGUAACAACUGGCGUGCUUAUUGUAUCAAGGAUUGGGAAUGGAUUACAAUUUGCUUCAUUCCGAUUCUGCCGCUAUCUUUCCACCCAUAUAAGGAAGUCGAAUGUCAAAUCUGCCACUUCAGGCAAGAUCUUCGAGAUCGGCCUGAUAUAGAAGCUCAGCGACAGCAGGGCCCCGGUCAAAUACAGAUGACUCCUCAGGCUCCGCCAGCUCCGAAUAUGCCUCAGUAUAAAUGAUUGAUAUCCAACAAUUUUGAACAACUACAUUAUUUAAUUUCAGGGAUUUUGGUUCUUCAUGCCUUCCUCGUGUAAUAUAGAAUUUGUUUGAGCAUGUGCGAGCGUGUGGCACAAUUUGUUUUGUGGGUAUUACUCGUUCAGCUAUUUAAUUAUUUUCUUUUAUUUCACAACGUAUUUAAAAUAUAUGAGCAAAUUUGCGUAUCGAAAGGCCG